ACGAAAUGAGUACCCAUUUCCUUUCCUUUUUUAGAAAGUGGACCCCACAUAAUUAAUACCCUUAAUAUUGCUCUUUAUUUAUCAUAGCUACCAUUGUAGGUCCCACCUUAAUUAAAAUUACUUAACCGACCUCAACUACAAAAAUUAAUCAACUACUCCUAAUUACAACUAAGUUAAAAACCAUUUCAGCUCUAUUUAGUUUUGUCCGCUGAAUUAAGAAACUCACCCAAAUUCGAGUUUCUCUUUCUGAAGAACACAAACCCUAGCCGCCUCAAAUCCAACUCCUUCGAUACAGAGCCUACCUCAGAUCUACUCUCUUCCAUGGACAAUUUCGGUGUUGGUGGCGUCGCCGGUGAGGGGAUUCGAGUUCCAGACGAAUCUAACACGGUGGUGCCCCAAACUCCGACUUUCGUCCUUAAUGGCUUCGCCGACGAUGGGACUCGACUUCAGCCAAUCGAAUCUGACACGGUGGUGCCCGAAACUCCGAGUUUCGUCCUUGGUUGCUUUGUCGAUGAUGGGAUUCGAGUUCAGGCAGUCGAAUCUGAGACGGUGGUGCCCGAAACUCCGAGUUUCGUUCUUGAUGGCUUCACCGAUGAUGGGAUUCGAGUUCAGGUAGUCGAAUCUGAGACGGUGGUGCCCGAAACUCCGAGUUUCGUUCUUGAUGGCUUCGCCGAUGAUGGGAUUCGAGUUCAGGCAGUCGAAUCUGAGACGGUGGUGCCUGAAACUCCGAGUUUCGUUCUUGAUGGCUUCGCCGGUGAUGGGAUUCGAGUUCCAAUCGAAUCUGCCAGUGUGGAGCCUGAAACUCCACCAUCUUUACUUGAUGGUUGGGCCGUUGACUGGUCCUAUGACAGAAAAAUACGGUACCUUAAAUUGCUAGACGUCUGGUGUCCUGGAGUCUUAGCCCUCUACACUCAGUGAUUGUAUGGCUCUGAAAAAUCCAAGAUCGUUCACAUUUGAGUCGGGAGAAUUGGGUGGUUGGCAUACCAGUUUCAUACUGAAUCCAUCUUCAUUUGCAGCUGCUUUGAAAUCCUCAUCAUUUGGAUCAAUAUGAGGUUUUGCAUUAUCUUGUUGAAUGAUGAUGUGUUUGCUUGCACAGGGAGGCCAUUUAGCUUUAAUGGCAGGUAUAAUCUGGAGUAUAAAUUGAAUAAACUAAGUGAUGACAUAAAUCUUGUCUGAUAGUAGUUCAUAAACAGAAAAUUACUACCUGAUUGAUGAUACAGUCCUUUAUGACUGAUUUUGUGAUAGCUUGAAUUGGUUUAGUCUCCAAUGUGCCCUUUAAUCUGUUCUUUGAAUUUCUUUUUGCUGGCUCCUUUGUAGUGAAUGGAAAUAUUCCAAUUUUUCCAUCGAAUAUGAGCUCCCCAUCACUUGAAUAUAGUGGUCUGGUCACAGCGCACAUGAACAUCACUUUAGUGAUGAAUCUUUUCGACUUACAUGAUCUGUAGGGAUCUUCUUCAUCUGGAAGAAGAUAGUACCUAUCUGAGCACUUUGUGAUAUAAAACCAUUUUUCGUCUAUGUGAAUUGUGUUGUGCAUUCCUGUAAAAUCCAGCUUUCCAUUUGAUAUAUCUGGACUCAAAUGACUCAAGCUCCAACGUAGCCUGGCAAGCUUGUUCACCUCAGUAAGUGUUGGCUUUAUUGCACUUGUGUGUGCCCUUAUCUGCCUGUCCUUUAUCCAGUUGCCAACUUGGCUUUUGCUAACACUAAGAUGUACUGCCAUCUUUCUUAUUGUAGACCUUUGAAGCACAGAAAGGUUUCUAACUUUUUCUACAUCAAGUUUCAUUCUAUCCUUGUGUUGAUUACCUUGUUUUCUUGGCAGCAAUAUGACAGGGUUUCCAGAGACUAGCUGCUGCUCUGCAACUUUCCAGAUCUUGUAGACUGAUUUUCGGGUGAUACCAAAAGAUGUAGAAGCCUCUUUUUGAGCUCCAUGAUUCAGCUUUCCGUUGCAGCUUUUUUGAAGGAGAAAUUGAGCGACUUUAUUACGCUCUAGUGUUGAUAGAUUUCCCUUUCUCUGUUCAGCCAUUGUAGCUUCUCUUGCAUUUAUGUUCUUUAGAGUGAGGGAAGCUUAGAAUGCAGACUGCAUUUAUCCUUUAAAUGAUUGUAUUUAUGGUGUGUUAAGUGAGGGAAAUUUGAAUAGUUGAAAAAUUCCCUCCACUAUUUUGGUCAUGUCUGUAAACGUGAAUCAGUUUAAGUGAUGUUAAUUUUAGUUA